GGAAACCCAAAGCCGGCACUGAGACUGAGGCACGCGAUGAGGAAGUGGGCGCUCCCUUCCGCUCUCCUCCUUCUCCUCCUCCUCUCCACCGUCCCCGAUCGCGGGCGGAAUCUACACGCGAAUGCGGAGGACAGCGGGGAUUCAGACGAGCUCGUGGAUCCGCCGAAGGUGGAGGAGAAGCUCGGAGCUGUUCCCAAUGGGCUGUCCACUGAUGCAGAGGUCGCCAAGAGAGAAGCGGAGUCGAUCUCGAGGAAGACUCUGCGAAGCAACGCUGAGAAGUUCGAGUUCCAAGCUGAGGUUUCUCGGCUGAUGGAUAUUAUCAUCAAUUCUUUGUACAGUAACAAAGACAUCUUUUUGAGAGAGCUAAUCUCAAAUGCCUCUGACGCAUUGGAUAAGAUCAGAUUCCUCGCUCUCACCGAUAAGGACGUCCUGGGUGAAGGCGACAACACUAAGCUUGAUAUCCUUAUAAAGUUGGACAAGGAAAAGAAGAUCCUUUCCAUCCGUGAUCGAGGUAUUGGUAUGACAAAGGAAGAUUUGAUUAAAAACUUGGGGACGAUUGCCAAAUCUGGAACUUCAGCUUUUGUGGAGAAAAUGCAGACAGGAGGUGACCUGAAUCUCAUUGGGCAGUUUGGUGUUGGUUUCUAUUCAGUGUACUUGGUUGCUGAUUAUGUUGAAGUAAUUAGCAAGCACAAUGAUGACAAGCAGUAUGUAUGGGAAUCCAAGGCUGAUGGGUCUUUUGCAAUCUCUGAGGAUACAUGGAAUGAACCUUUGGGUCGUGGAACAGAGAUAAGGCUGCAUUUGAGGGAUGAAGCCAAGGAGUAUCUUGAACAAGAUAAGUUGAAGGAACUGGUGAAAAAAUAUUCUGAGUUCAUCAACUUCCCAAUAUACCUCUGGGCAAGCAAAGAGGUGGACGUUGAAGUUCCAUCUGAUGAAGAAGAAUCUACUGAAGAAGAGGAAACAUCUGAAACUACUUCAGAAGAUGAAGAAACAGAAGAGGAUGCUUCUGAGAAAAAGCCGAAGACAAAGACAGUGAAGGAAACAACUUAUGAUUGGGAAGUUCUGAAUGAUGUGAAAGCCAUAUGGCUUCGCAAUCCAAAGGAGGUCACUGAUGAAGAAUACUCUAAAUUCUACCACUCUUUAGCUAAGGAUUUCAGCGAUGAAAAGCCACUGGCGUGGAGUCACUUUACUGCUGAAGGUGAUGUAGAGUUCAAAGCUUUGCUUUUUGUGCCUCCCAAGGCUCCCCAUGAUCUCUAUGAAAGUUAUUACAACACCAAUAAGUCCAACUUGAAGCUGUAUGUCAGAAGGGUUUUCAUCUCAGAUGAGUUUGAUGAACUUCUUCCUAAGUACCUUAACUUCUUGAAGGGUCUUGUUGACUCGGAUACUUUGCCACUUAAUGUAUCACGAGAAAUGCUUCAACAACACAAUAGUCUAAAGACAAUCAAGAAGAAGUUAAUCCGUAAGGCUCUUGAUAUGAUUCGACGAAUUGCAGAUGAGGACCCUGACGAGUUCCAUAAUAAAGAUAAAACAGAAAAUGAAAGUGAAGAGAAUGAGAAGAAGGGACAGUAUACUAAGUUCUGGAAUGAGUUUGGCAAAUCUAUCAAGCUUGGAAUCAUAGAGGAUGCACAUAACAGAAAUCGUCUUGCCAAGCUUCUUAGAUUUGAGAGUACUAAGUCUGAAGGUAAGCUUGCCUCGCUGGAUGAGUACAUCUCUAGAAUGAAGCCAGGGCAAAAGGACAUAUUCUACAUUACGGGAACUAGCAAGGAACAAUUGGAGAAAUCUCCAUUCCUUGAGAGACUCACAAAGAAGAAUUAUGAGGUCAUAUUCUUCACUGAUCCAGUUGAUGAAUACUUGAUGCAAUACCUGAUGGACUAUGAAGACAAAAAGUUCCAGAAUGUGUCGAAGGAAGGUCUCAAACUUGGAAAAGACUCGAAGCUGAAGGACCUCAAGGAUUCCUUCAAGGAAUUGACCAACUGGUGGAAGGAUGCUCUCUCCAGUGAGAAUGUAGAUUCAGUCAAGAUAAGCAACCGUUUGGACAACACCCCUUGUGUGGUGGUCACAUCCAAAUAUGGUUGGAGUGCAAAUAUGGAGAAGAUCAUGCAAUCUCAAACUCUCUCUGAUGCCAGCAAGCAAGCUUACAUGCGUGGCAAGAGGGUGCUGGAGAUUAACCCAAGGCAUCCUGUCAUCAAGGAACUUCGUGAUCGUGUAGCUCAAGAUUCAAAGGAUGAGAGUCUCAAGCAUACAGCACGACUGAUAUACCAAACGGCCCUCAUGGAGAGUGGUUUUAUCCUCAAUGAUCCAAAGGAGUUUGCCUCGAGUAUAUACAAAUCUGUGCAAAAGAGCCUCGACAUAAGUCCUGACGCAACGGUAGAAGAGGAGGAUGAUGUAGAGGAAGCCGAGGAGGAAGAGAAGGGAACAACUUCAAACACGGAAUCUGAUGAGAUUAAAGAAGACAUCGAUGAGUCUUCGCUCAAGGAUGAAUUGUAGAUUUCUAAGCGCACUAGAGGUCGUAAUCUCAUUCAUCCUUUCAGAGGUUUUGAUAAUUCCAAAUAGGAAAAGAACCCAGAAGACUAUAAGCAGGUUAGAGCCAUCCAGUUUCGAUGUGUAACCUCAAAUUGUGAUUGAGAUGUUGCUAAUUUGGUGCACGAUGUUUACUUUGAAUUCAAGCUUUCCCUUUGUGACU